CCCCAGGAGCCCGAGGAGGCAGACAAGAAGGAGGUGGUGGUAGUGGACUGGAAAGGGAGGGGGGUGUGUGUGAAGAAGGAGGCAAGGAAGAUGGACCCGGUCCCCUCGCAGAGCUACAGUCUGAAGGAUGUGAAGUGGAGUUCGGGGGCCGUUCCGCUGGACUUGCUGGUCAGCACUUAUCGGCUGCCCCAGAUCGCCAGGCUGGACAGUGGAGAAUCUGUGGAAGGUCUUCGAGAGAAUGACUGCCUUCUGAUUCAUUCCUGCCGUCAGUGGACAACCAUCACUGCACAUAGCCUAGAGGAAGGUCACUAUGUCAUUGGGCCAAAGAUAGAAAUCCCAGUACAUUAUGCAGGGCAGUUUAAGCUGCUGGAACAAGACCGGGAUAUUAAGGAACCAGUGCAGUAUUUUAACAGUGUGGAGGAGGUGGCGAAAGCAUUUCCUGAACGAGUUUACGUCAUGGAGGAAAUAACAUUCAACGUGAAGGUCGCUGCGGGAGAAUGCAAUGAAGACACAGAAGUUUACAACAUCACUCUUUGCACCGGGGAUGAGCUCACUUUAAUGGGGCAGGCAGAAAUCCUUUAUGCAAAGACAUAUAAGGAGAAGUCGCGAUUCAACACAAUCUUCAAGAAGAUUGGAAAACUCAAUUCCAUCGGCAAGCUGGGUAAAGGCAAAAUGCCGUGCCUCAUUUGCAUGAACCAUAGGACCAAUGAAAGUAUUAGCCUUCCGUUUCAGUGCAAGGGCCGAUUUAGUACCCGGAGCCCGCUGGAGCUUCAGAUGCAAGAGGGUGAACACACCAUCCGCAACAUUGUGGAAAAAACCAGGCUGCCUGUCAACGUGAUUGUGCCAAGCCCUCCUCCUAGAAAUCCGUACGACCUCCACUUCAUUCGUGAAGGUCACAGGUACAAGUUUGUGAACAUCCAGACCAAGACGGUAGUGGUUUGCUGCGUGCUGCGUGGCAACAAAGUCCUGCCCAUGCAUUUUCCUUUGCACUUGACCGUCCCCAAGUUCAGCCUCCCGGAAAACCUUGUGAAGGGAGAGGCCUGGCCUGAUACCCUGGUCCAGCAUUGGCUCAGCGUCUGCCAAGAACAGUUUGACAUUGAUGAGUAUUCUCGGGCCGUCCGUGACGUGAAGACAGAUUGGAAUGACGAUUGUAAAAGCCCUAAGAAGAGCCGAUGUUCCGGUCACAACCACAUCCCCAACUCCCUCAGCUAUGCCCGGGACGAGUUAACACAGUCCUUUCACCGGCUCUCUGUCUGCGUGUAUGGAAAUAACCUACAUGGCAACAGUGAAGUGAACCUCCACGGCUGCAGGGAUCUGGGAGGGGAGUGGACUCCGUUUGCUCACGACACCCUACAGUACCAAGACUCUGGUGACAGUGGCAGUGAUUACCUCUUCCCUGAAGUUGGUGAUGAAUCUGUGUGUCUCCCAUCCAAACCAGAGCUCCCUUAUGAAGAGCUCUGGCUAGACCAAGGCAAGACAGACUGUCAGCCGCUUACUGGUUCCUUGAGCGACAAAACCAAAUGUGAUAAUUACAGGAGCUCUAUCCGGUCAAAAUGUGGCGCUUCUCUCCCCGUUGCUGGGACGCCGGCAGCAACAUCAUCUUCAGAUGUGGCCCUACCGCCACCUCCGGUGCCUCCCAAAUCUGAAGCCGUUAAGGAAGAAUGCCGACUCUUGAAUGCACCACCUGUUCCACCCAGGAGCGCAAAGCCUUCAUCUACAAGUCCUUCCAUUCCUCCUCGAUCCGCUAAACCAGUGAGGCAACAGACACGUUCUCCCAGCCCCACCUUGUCCUAUUAUUCUUCAGGGCUGCACAACAUCAGUGUCACUGAGAGUGACCCAACAAGUCCUUCAGAAAGUGCUUCUGUUUCCUGCUAUCCAUGUAACAGGAUGAAGACUGAAUCUCUGGAACUUAGCCGAUCUCCCUUUGGAAGCCCCACUGCUGAAGCUCUGUCCUCUAGACUGUCAUGGCCUAGCCAUUUCUUGGGAGCAACUGAGAGUGAGAACAGGAAUGACUUCCUGUUGGAUCCAAGCAGAAGUUAUAGUUACCCUAGGCAGAAGACACCAGGCACACCCAAAAGGAACUGUCCAGCAGCUUUUGAUUUUGAAGGGUGUGACCUCUAUGUAGGCUCCACCCAGUCAGGUUCAGCAGAGUUCACAGGUGGCAUGUCUGGGUGUCCUAAGUCAGCCAGUUACUCCUUAGAGUGCACAGAUGAGAAGACCUUAGCAACUAGCCCAGCAAAACAGAGUCACUCAUGCCCGGCCUUACCCCCGAGAGCACCCAAACUAACUGAGGAGAAACUGGCCCCAGAAUCAUUUCCUUUGCCUCUGAAAAUUGAUGGUGCUGAGGAAGACCCUAAACCUGGCUCACCAGACCUGUCAGAGGAUCAGUAUUUUGUUAAAAAAGGCACACAAGACAUUUUCUCCAUUUCUUAUCCUUUUUCCUCACCCCUUCACCUCCAGUUAGCGCCAAGAUCUUGUGGUGAUGGUUCCCCAUGGCAACCGCCCACCGACCUGUCAGGACUUUCUAUAGAGGAAGUGUCCAAAUCACUACGGUUCAUUGGUUUGUCAGAAGAUGUCAUCUCGUUCUUUGUUACUGAAAAGAUCGAUGGGAAUUUGCUAGUCCAGCUAACUGAAGAGAUCCUCUCAGAGGACUUCAAGCUUAGCAAACUCCAGGUGAAGAAAAUACUGCAGUUUAUUAAUGGCUGGCGGCCCAAGAUAUAGGCCAGGGGCCUAUCUGGCACUGAAUAAAACUGAUGGAUUAAUGUGCUGGAGGGGGUAGGACUUGGUACAUAAUUUCAUUAUUAAUUUUUUUUUUGCACUAAAACCCCUCUGUAAAUAAUGGUAGAAACUUUUACCAUGCAGAUUAAGUUUUUGGAUGAUGAACCAGGCUAUUUUGUAUGUCAAUAAAAAUGCCGUAGAGAACACUUUAGAGGUGUGCCUUGUACAUCACUCAACACCGAGCAGCUGCUAAAAGAGAAAAGGGAAUGUUAGGAUGUUUGCCGAGGUAGGUUUAUGCUAAGCAGGUGUGAUAUUUAUUAUGGAACAGCCAAAGUUGAAAGAUGUAAAUCCAAAAUACCCUUGUGACCAAGAAUCCUUUUCUUUUGGGGGUUGACUUCAGACAGUGAACUAGAUGCUGUGCUUUGUCUGGUGGCUUGUUGAAUGCUAAUCCUUUUGAUUCUAGUGCCUGGAAAUGUUUUAAAGGUGGCUGUGCUAAUCCUCUGAAAAUGAAAAUGCUGUAUGCGUAGCGCAGUUCUUUUUACCCAAAGUUGUCUGUGUUCUGAAAGUCACAUGUUGAUAGAAUUAGGAUAUGUUAUGUGACCUAAGUAAUAAUAAACUAUGAUAAUAGUAAUUUACCUAUAACUGCUGCUGCUUUUGCUAAGCAGAGAAAAGCUACAAGAUACACAAGUAUGCUUCAAAACUACCCUCUGAGUCAAAUCAUUUAAAUAAUAGUUUAAACUCUCCAUCAAAGUAUUAAGACUUAGAAAUGUCACUUACUUUCACAGAAAUUACAUGCACAUGGUGACUGCUAAAAAUUCUUGGAACCCCGGGACUCCUAUGUGAAUCUUUUUGUACUUCUUAAUAAAGAAACCUGAAGCCAGAUCAUUUCAGAAUGACUUUAUCUUUUCAGUCCACUAUAGUUUGGGAGGCAGAGAAGAAACCUUUGCAUCAGUGUAUCAUUAUCAUUGUGGGACACUGAGGCUCAAUGUGCAUCCAACUUAGAUUCAUCCUUCUGAUGGGGAAAAUUUAGAGACCAUCAGUCUAAAUAUGUUCUCCAUGUGUUUCAUACAUUGGCUGAUCCCAGAAGCCAGAAACGACAUUCUUUGUUAUGUUAUUCUGUUGUAUUCUCUGGCCCUUCUACCAAUUAGAGACAUUAAAAAAAAAUGAUGUUCCAAAAAUCUUAGUGCAGUCUUAGGUUGUUAAAGCUUAAAACUGAACUAAGACUUCUCUGAUGCUCUUUAUAGGUAAGAAGACAUUUUCAUUAACUCUUCUAACUGUUCUCCUACUCCCAACCAAAAUCCAUUACUGACUUUCUGCUCUAAAAUUAAGGAAAUAGUAAUCUGGCUAUUGUUUUGGAUAGGAUUAAAUAUUUUAAAAUUCAGUAGUCAAAUUCAAGUUCUUCCUUCAACAUUUAAAAGACCCCUUCUACCUUCAAGUUUCAGUUUCAUGAGCUGAGUCCUCCCAACAUGGUCUCCCUACAGACUGAAGCCGCCUUCUGCCUUGGAAGGCAUCCAGACAUUCUCUAGGGGUAUAUUUUUGUAGGUACAUCAUCAGCUGGCAAGCUUUAUCCUUAGAUUGAGCCAUGCGGACAUACCUGCCGUGUGAACUUGUGUCUUGUUCUGGCUUCUGAUUUUUUGGGUCUGUUCUUGAGUGAAGGACAGGUUACUGUGACUGGUGUGCUUGCCUAGUGCAGUCUAAUUAGCAGAUAAUAUUCUUGUCCUGGAUAAUGAGUCUUUGUGCUCAUCGUUCAGCUUUAAUCCAUGUCAUGACAAGGGAGUUGCAAUAUACCAAUGUAACAAAAAUAAAUGACUUUUGGUUUUCACUCAUCUCCUUUUUUGUUUCAUCGCAUAAGUAUCUGUGCUGACAUGGAAGAUGAGAGUGGUUUUUGUUUUCCUUUCCUUAAAACGCCUGCAAAACUCCUUCCUCAAGCUGGAUGUUAAAAGGUACUUAGGGCGAAUAGAAAAACAUGAUCUUGGUGCCUCCAACACAUGCUGGCUGUGUGACCUUGACCAAGACACUUAAUUCCUCUCAAUGUUCUAGGCAAUUCCUUAAGUCUAGAAUUUGCAGAGCAGUUACCAACCUACAUUGAUGGAGGGAAUUUCUCAUCUAGAGCUCCCUAAACCAAUAAAAUCAUGGAUCUGGUUUAAAAAAAGAAAAGACUGACCUACCUAGGAAAGAUGUUGACUUGUAGCCUCCUACCAUCGUACUUGUGCAGUUUGUAACCCAACCAGGAAAAGUAAGAGCUGUCUAGGGCAAUCAUCUCAUGGUAUAGAUUAAAAAAAUAAAAGAUCCCAAGUGGGUAAAUGACUUGUUUACAGGUUAGUUACACAAGUAGUCAACAAUGUAUGAUGGAUAGAAUGCCAGCCUUGGCAUCAAAAAGAUUUGGUUUCAAGUCUCACCUCAGACGUAUGUUAGCUUUGUGACCAUGGACAAAACACUUCACCUCUCAAUGACAUCUAGGCACGGACCCCACCUACCCACCCCCAACCCCUUCAGGCCCUUUCUAAGACUUGCAAGGUACAGGAAAAAGAGCCACUCUAUUGGUGAAAGGAGUUUUCACACUAGCAGUUACCUACACUGAAUAACUCAUAAGGUUCUAUCAAAAAUUUAACAUUUUGGAUCUCUUUCUCUGGAAAGGAGAGAAUAUAACAUAAUGUGAGGACUAGAAAGGUUCCUUUUAGCUACUCCCUAACGAAUCAGCUUUAAGUCUCUUGGCACUUAGCUGCAUAGUUCCCCAAUUUAGGAAGGAAAGUAGGGCUCAAUUUUUGCGUAGUCUUCAUUCUCUCCUUACACAAGAGCUCAGCCCUUCUCUUGUUGGUUUGUUUCUGCCUAAAACCAGAAGUUUCUUAGGACAAAUGAUUUAUUAAAAAUUGUUUUGUGUUUGUCACUAUAAAAAUAAUUUGGUUCUUGUGGUUGAGGGCAAGAGAAAUAUCAAGGUGAUUGACAUGAAUUCCUCUAAAUUUGCUAUAUUUGAUAGUAAGGGUUCAUACUUUUUGAAAGAUUCUCUCCCUGCACUUAUCCCCUUUCCCAGUCAACUUGAAAAGGAGGGUGAUUUUUUAAAAAAAGACCAUUUGAUAAUGUUUAAAAUCAUUAAGGCUAGAAAUACUUUUAUAGCAGAAUUCUACUGUCUCCUGUUAAUAAUUCAUUCCUGUGUGUUUUCUAUUAUGGAUUGGAGGGUCCCCUCUUUUCUACAGUUAUAACAAACAUCUUCUGUCUUCUGUAAACCAUAAAUAAGCAUAAGCUAUGUUCUUUUCCAAGAGUUAAAGUACAAAAAUAUAGAGCUGGGUGGCUGUUGUCAAUAGUAUUCAGACAACCCCGACUAGACAGAGCAUGAAUAGCUUUGUAAAAGAGUCCUAGCUAAAACAAGUAACAUGGUGCAGAGGUGGAAAAGAAAUAAUCUUUCAUUCUCACCACCAGCAUUUUGCCACCAGAAUCUAGCAUGUACAUAUAUCCAGAAAAAGCAAGGCUUCCUGCUGCCCAUCAAGGCCAGAAAGUCAGUGAGGCUACCUCAUGACUCAGAAGACGUAGAUAUUUCCCUUGCUCUUGGUGAGGUCCACACAGUAAAUGCAGACCAAAUACUCAGUAAUGAUGGGGAAAAGUGUCUCAACUCAGCCUUACAGGCCUUCUUUUGUUUAAUCUAUUAAGUAAUCUUUCUGAAAUCGUGAAGCAAAGCUACAGACCCACUAAACUCUUAAAUGCAACUAAUGUUAGGAAGAAACAUUUCAGAUUCUUUCAUCCCAGUACCUCAUACGAAAGCAUAGACAAUCCUCACAAAAUAGGGGAAAUUAAAUUCACAUGUUUCCACACCUCUCAAGCUACUCUUUUUAAACCCAAACUGCCCAACUUUAUAGAUGGGGAAACUUGCUUGUUUUGCUCUACAUCUGACAUUCACCUUGAUAAAGGUUCAGUUAACCACCCAGAGCAACUAUGUGAAAGGUUUCCCUGUAUGGAGGUAUCAAAAUACAGCCACCACCCACAAAACAUCAGCCCUGGGAAAGUGUUAUAAAAAGGGUUCAUGUCAGCCAUUUUGCUUUCAGACAACUGUUUAUGUACACCACAUGCUAAUCCAUGCCAUAUUCACCUCUGUACUAGCUGCAAGCAUUCCCUGAGAAGUGGGCAUGUAUGGCUAUAACAGCGCUCUUGUCUUAAGCAUUUUGAGCAGCCAAGAGACUAUUCCUUUUUGUUUUCUUUUGAUUUUAAAUUUACUCUGAAUAUAACACCAAAUAUAAUGGGUAUGUAUGUGUGCUUGUGUGUAUAUACAUAUAUACACACUAGUGUGUGUAUAUAUAUAUACAUAUGUUUGUGUGUACAGAAAAAGAUUGUACAUAAAACCAUAUGUCUAUAUUAUGUAUUGCUUGCUUUUAUUUUUAAGUUUAUAAUAAAUUUAACCUGCAGCUACAAGCUUCUUUCUGGCCUAUCUUCUGUCUCAAGAGGCCGUUCCUCAUGCUUGUGAAGCAGCCUCAGUGUUUGGGAUGAUUGACUUCCAAACUAACUGAUAGUUCCAAAGUCAGUGAAGGCCUCAGAGUUAGAGUUAGAGCCAAUACCUAAGAGUCUUGACUCCCAAGCUUUUCCUCUGUAUUAAGGAGUUUUCAUCCCCAGACUACCAAAAAAAAAGCCAAGUAUGCUAAUGUGUGUGAUUUUAAGGAUGUGUCCUCCAUUAAUUGGUUCAACUAUUAACAAUUUCUUCAUCUUAUUAGGUUGGUCAAGGCUUCAGUCUGUUAAGGCCAGUCCAUUAUGUUCUAAAGAAGACAGUAAAAAUGCUGAUAGGCAAGACUUUACUUUGGGGGGAGGGGCAUAUUUGCUUCAAAAUUAGAAUGGCAACUUCUGGCUAAAACAUUAUGAUAACUUCAAAACUUGACAUUUUGAAAUUCACCUCAUUUAAAGUUUUUAAGUCAUAAAGAAAAAAACAAUGUGUAAAAAAAUUAUAUUCAAGUGGUUUCUGUGUUUUUGCUUAGUUUUGUAUCUUUGUUCUGUAUACUAUAUGGAUGCUAGAGCUCCUUCAGUGAAAUUGUCCUGUCUCAGGUCUGCAGGUUUUCUUGGUUUACCAUCCCAUGUAGUGGCAUUUCUUGGAUAAAAAUCUCCCCCGCCACCACCACUUCCAUGUUAAAUUCCCAUUUAAAACAUUGUGUGAACUGUCUAAAAUUAGAAAGAACUUAGUUGAUGAUGACAUUCUGAAGGUUUGGGGUGACUUGAAUCUAAGAAAUGUAUUUUUUUAAAGCAUUUUGUAACCAUUUUUACAUAAGUUCUUUACUUGGAAAACAUGGAUUGUCAACUAUAAAUUAACAAAUACAUUCUUUUCAGGAGCAUUACCUAAUGGACCUGUUGUUGUGUACCUCAAGAUCGACAGUAUCUUAAGCCUAAACUCAUUGUUUAAUGACUACAGUGAUGUCCAUCAAUAAAAGGACCUUUGUUAAA